AUGCUACAAGAAUUAAGAAUUCUCGAUACUCAAGGAAGCGAAGAAUUAUUUAACGACGACGAAUUUAUUAAGGUAACAAGGAUUAUCAAUGAAGUUGCUGAGAAAACGAAAAUCAUCAGAACAGCCAAAUUGGAGCUACUCCCAUUGGCGGCUUCCAUGGAAGGUGGUAAUAAAGCAAGCGUAGUAGAAGGAGUAGCAAACUUAUUAACAAAGUUGCCAAGAGUCGAGAUCCUCAACAAGGAUAAAUUGGGAGAAGUCGAACUGCAAACAACAUAUUAUGAUGCCUUGUUAUCCGAGCUUAUUGCCAAUCAAGAUAAGAAUGUUGCAUUACGAUGGCCAAAUAAAUCAAUAUAUGAGGAGCAAACUGAUAUACGUCCCGAUGUAAUUGUUUCAACGAUCAUGCAACACGACUUUGGCUACCCUGUUGGUUUCGGAUAA